AUGCCGCAGCCACCCGUCCCGAAGAGCUACUCGCUGUUCCAGCGCACAGUUCGCUUGGUACAGACAUCAAUCCGUCGCUUGGACCGCUGGGCUGCAGUGCGUGUGCCUGGUCUACCGAAUCCGCCUGAAGAAGAGGAGAGACGACGUAAGCCUCACUUUGUGGACCUGUGGGAGCUCACAUUGUCCGACCACUGCCGUAUCUUCCACGAGGUAUGGCAAGAGUACAAGGCGUCGUUUGCCAAACCCAGCGAUGAAGAACUGCAACGCAGUAAGGAGGAUGUGAAACGCGUAGUACAAGCAGUCAGUGGUCAGGUUUCAAGCACUGCACGCAAGAAUUUGACGUUCAUUGACACGAGUCUGGAAGGUUUCAAAGUACACAACAAUCUCCACAAACUUGGAGAGCAGGGAGCUACGAACGCUGAUUUUUUGAAUAAGGAGAUUAAGCACGCGGUGGAAGGUGUGGAUACCGAUGCGGUGAUCAACCGUGCAAAGCAGGUGGUGGAAGACAAUACUAGCAAAGACGACGUAGCUACGACUGUCAAGAAGAACGUGGACGAACUUCGUGGUCUUGUGAAAGAAGGAAGAGAUGCUGCCUUGCGUCUGGAUACUCAGGAUAUUAGCACCUUCAAGAAGAGCGUCCAGUCAUGGUUUGCAGACAAAUUGCUCGUUGGUCAAUCGGUGCUAAUGGCAUUCAUAGAAGGCUACCGUGAGGGCAAAGAGAUGGAGUUAAAACGCAAGGAUGCACUGAUUAUUGCGUUCGCAAAGCAAGCAGCAGAUGAUCACAAGGGUAUUAUUGAAAAUCAGAUUAAGAAGAUAAUGGACCAGCAGCGCGAGAAGCAACGGCAGGAAGUGGAAGAUGCAGCAGCGAAGGAAACUGCAGAGAAGACUAGAAAAGCACACUUGAGUGAGAAAACGAAGCCCAUUACGACGGAGUCAGGAAGUGAAACAACAGCUGCUUCGACACAAUCAAAAUCAGCCGAUGCAUUACCGAAAGACGAUGACAAAAGAUCUACGAUGCUGACAGGCCCUAAUUCAAAAUGA